CAAUCUGAUGUGCUGCGACGGACUUUGAACUCCAUGAGUCGUGCUGUGCGCGGGAAUCCCUCAAUUGGCCCAUGGCCGUCGCAUCCUUCCGACGAGUUGCCAAUACCAGUUUAUAGCUUACUACUGAUUGAACGCAAAGCCCAAAAACGUUACAAUGGAUCUAAGCUGCGUGUCAGGGAUACGUAUCGUCAGCAGCACUCGCGCAGGGGAAGAGUGGAUUAGCAAGCCAUGCAUACUUGGAGUAGAUGAGGCUGGGCGAGGCCCUGUCCUGGGACCCAUGGUCUAUGCAAGUGCCUUCUGCCCUUGUAGCUCGGAUAUUACAGGACGAGGUUAUGCGGAUUCGAAAACCCUUACACACGAGUCGCGCGAAAAGCUCUUUCGCGCCAUUGAUGCCGACACUGGUGUGGGCUGGGUGGCCCACAUCAUGUCCGCACAACACAUCAGCCACCACAUGCUCGGCAGGGAUAAGGUCAGCCUGAACGCACUCGCGUUCGAGGCCACCUGCCACGUGAUCCGAGUAGCGCUGGAGGCGGGAGCGAACGUCAAACAGGUCUACGUGGACACGGUGGGCGAUGCGGACCGUCACCGGGAGCGGCUAGCGCGGGCCUUCCCGGGCAUCGACUUCACCGUGUGCCCCAAGGCGGAUGCACUCUACCCCAUCGUCAGCGCCGCCAGCAUUGUGGCCAAGGUCCUGCGAGAUAAGGCGCUGAUCGAGUGCCAGAAGAGCCUGGGUCUGCAGGGCGAGGUGGGCACCGGCUACCCGGGCGAUCCGGCCACCGUGGCCUGGCUCAAGGAGCACGUGCACCCCGUGUUUGGCUUCCCGCCGCUGGUACGGCACAGCUGGGAGACGUGCUCGAGGAUGCUCGAGUCGGAGGCCGUAAGCGUCAAGUUCGAGGCGGAUGAGAGCGGUGAGGGCGGGGAGUCGGGAGGACCGGCCCAGCAGCGGCUGAACUUUGCCCGACCAAGCGGUGCCGCGGUGGUGGAGACGAGUGGCCUUGGACGCAACGCGUACUUCCGACUCCGGAAACUCCAAAGAGUGGCAGAGGCGUUCUGAGCGGCGCUGGGGCAUCUAACUGUUACUAUUGCUGCCAAUCAACUGCUACUAUUGCUGCAACUGACAGUCUGCCAACGCCUACUCAUAUGACAUAGUAGUAUGCCCUGGCCCCUGGGUUUGUGGCGCAGCGGGCUGCGAAUCUGAUCUGUGAUGAUGCUACCUUUCGUCGCCCCACUUCGCAACGACGGUGAUGUGGCAUGUGUAACAGUGUAUGCGAGGAUGAUGACCUGUCGUCGCGAGGAUGAUGACUUGACGACAUGAGUGUUGCAAGCAUUCGAGACACAGCCGGUACAGUUACCGGCGGCCAUUGUAAGAUAGCCAGGAUAGCUU